ACCGGCGCCGAGGGAAUCCGGUGACUGUGACCGUGGACGAGGCUUUUUGACUGUCACCGGCCCCAACCCUGGACUGGACGCGGACGAUUUAAAUAGCGUGGAGUCUUCUGCUGCUUACGGUACCCGUCCUUGCCUUCUUCUCCCCCCAUGUCGUCCCCCUCAACUAUGGGCCCCGGCUUCGACUGCGGUGUGCUCCCCAUCCCACGGCGUCUGCGAUAUGACCCGGAGCGACCAUUCAAGUUCACGAUGGUGCUGAAUGUCCUGUUCGGCUUCGCUGCGACGUUCAUUGUCGCGAAUCUGUACUACUGCCAACCGCUUCUGAUCCAGUUCUCGGAGUCGUUCGGGGUGGACUACAAUCGUGUCUCUCAGAUACCGACGCUGCUACAGGCCGGAUACGCCACAGGCAUCCUGUUCAUCUCCCCGCUGGGCGAUCUCGUUCGCCGACGUCAGCUCAUUCUGAUCCUCACCCUCGUGUCCGCCGGGUUGACCGUGGGCCUGGCCGUGACGAAGAGCAUCGUCGUGUUCGAGGCGCUGUCGUUCCUCAUCGGCAUGGUAUCGCUUACACCACAGAUCAUGAUCCCUCUUGCAGCUGAUCUGGCUCCGCCCGAGCGCCGAGGAUCGGCACUGUCCAUCGUCUAUUCCGGCUUGCUCCUGGGUGUCCUCGUUGCCCGUGUCAUCGCUGGUAUCAUCGCACAAUACACAUCGUGGCGGGUGGUCUACUACCUUGCCAUCGGCCUCCAAGUCUUCGUCCUCCUCGCCGGGUACCUCAUAAUCCCCGACUACCCCUCCAAAAACACCGACCUGACGUACUUCAAAAUCCUCGCUUCGAUGGCCCGCUUCGCGUUCACCGAGCCGAUCCUCAUCCAGGCGUGCCUCGUCAACCUCGCGUCCUGCGCGUGCUUCACCAACUUCUGGGUCACGCUCACCUUCCUGCUCGGCGGCGCGCCGUACUUCUACUCGACGCUGACGAUCGGACUGUUCGGCCUCGUCGGGAUCCUGGGCGUCGUCUGCGGGCCGCUGUUCGGGAAGCUGAUCGACGGGCUGAUGCCGUGGUAUGCGUCGAUGUGCUCGAUUCUGCUGUUGCUGGCGUUCCAGGCGAUACAGACUGCUGCGGGGACGACGAGCGUUGCGGUGAUCGUGAUUGCGAUUAUUGGUCUCGACAUGUUCCGCCAGUCGCUGCAGAUGUCAUUGGCCGCUGCCGUCUUCGAAAUCUCGACGGCUGCGAGAGCGAGGUUGAACGCCCUGUUUGUGCUGUCGCUGUUCAUCGGGCAAUUGAUGGGCACGGCCGCUGGCACCAAGGUCUACACUGCAUACGGCUGGCGCGCAGCCGCUGCCCUCAACCUGGGCUUUUAUGGCUGGAUCCUGAUCAUCCUGCUCGUCCGCGGACCGCACUGUGCACGCUUCACGUGGUUCGGCUACGAGGGAGGAUGGGCCGUGAAAAAAGUCCCGGCGGUAAAAACGAUGGAUGAGACGCAGAGCAAAGACUCGACAGUGAAGGGGGAUGAGGAGGCUGCUGUGGCCUCAGAAAAGUAGCUCUGCGCUGCUGCCGUAUUCACAUCAGCCUCUAGCUCAAAUCUGGGCCCCCGUAAUACCUGGAGCACUUCUGGAGCUUCCACCGUCCCUAAUGAUAGAGUACAUACAGCAUCUGUGUAAAGGUUUUGCCUACCGAAGUAAUGUCACGACGACUUCGCAC